UCCAAUUUGAAAUGCUUUUCACGUUUUAUCGCACUGGUUUGCUAUUUUUUGCCUUGGUGUUUUUUCUUACUAUUGCGUUUUUAACCUUCAUAUCCUCUUGCCUACCCUACAUUCCCGCAGGGAAUGGCGAAAUGCCAACAAUCUCAAACUGAUAAAUUUCGCCUAGAAUCAACGUAAUAAAUAACAUUUCACAGCAAGGUAGCAUAGCAUAUUGACAGCCUGCCCCAAAAGAAUUUGAAUUUCAUUUUCCAACUUCUUUCUUGUGCCAUUGGCAUACCGUUUUUUUUUUUUGUUUGGUUUUUUUUUUCAAAGUAGAGCGCACACUUUAUUCGUCCUUCCCUGUGCAUAUACAUUUGAUCUUGUUUCUAUACACGGAGCUGUAUUUUGUUCAUUGCCUCAGGAAAAAUCAGACAAUCAAUUACGAUGACGGCUUGCCAAUUGUGCAUUUCAUGAAAAGAAAAGGGGCAGUAAAUGCGCUCUUUCAAUGGUAAUUGAUCGUGAGUAGAAAUAAAGCUAUCGGCAUAAUCUAGGGAACAAAAAAAGGAAUAAUGGAAAGUGAUUAUAAUGCGAACUUUGGUUUAUUUCUUCUUGAACCACGCCCUUUUCCUCAGCCUUUUAUAUCUUUUCUAUCAUUUAUUUUUAGCGACUACGCCCGAUUAACGAAAAUUUUUUGGCACGUCAGUCGCCAAUAAAUUCACUUUCAUUUCCGAGUUAGACGUUUAUUUUGAAUGUGUGUUAGCUCUCAUAGUUCUAGCUGAUUGAUCGAUUCCCAUUUAGAUAUUGAUAUUUCAUAACAUAAGAUUUUCUGACGGUUAUUAUCCUUGUUUUAUAAAUAAAAACUAUCUUCCUGGCUGAAUGUUACAUUCCGAACAAACGUGAUUUCUUCUGUGCAGUAAUUUGUCGCGAAGAACAAGUUAACCACUUUCAAAACCAGUUGAUCACUGCUGUAAUUGUGCUCUAAGACUUAACAUUCAUUGCCAACGCAGUUCGUUGACUUUCAGCGCUUUAUUUCAAAAGAAAAUUAUUCCCAAUGUCCUUAUUCCACGUGUCCAAAGUAAUAUUGCGGUGUUCUGCUGGAAGGUAGGGAGUAAAACCGGAGAAAUUGUCUAUUGUCUCAAGGUAAAAAAGCAGGUGAUGAAUAAUGAGACCAUAAGGUAUCACCCAGCAGAUUUCAAACUAGUUUCCUAAUGCUGAUUUUCUUUCCUGGUGCGAUAAACAAAGACCGUGUACCAUUUAUGAAAACCUCUCACAAGGUCUCUCUUUCUUUUUCACCAACAUUUGCAUAUAGCUUUAUCAUUUAAAGUAAAACAAGUAGGCUACACAUUUAUUAAUAAUUUUACUGACAUUUUUUUUGGACGUGAUAAUUAUCACGAUACUAUCAGGUGACCUAACUAGAGGUUUCACGUAGACACCACUAUAAACAUGGCGCAAUUGCUCUGAAAUCUAACUGGAGCACUAACGUUCUCUCUCAAUUUUAUCCACACGUGUGCUUAACGCCAAGGUAAAAAUCUCACCUUCACGAGAGUGUGUAAAUCCGGACAACGACCUUCUCGAUGAGUGACAAUCUUCCUGCCUGGUUAAUGAACCGUAUUGGGCUCAUUAUUAUAGGUACGCUAUGCGAAAAGAGACACAAGACGUCAACUACUAAACUGCUGUUAGAUUCUGAGGAACUAGGCCUAUACUUUGUUGCUUGUAUCUUCUCUGCCAUGAAAAACCAAGUAAAGAACAAGAUUAUGGAUCACUUCUUUUCGAGUUGAGGUGAGAGAAUGAAGUAUAGCGUUGCAUUCAAAAAUCAAAGGACAGCGAAAUGAAUGGUUUCUCUGCGGCAUUGUUUAAAUACCUGGUGGUAUUAUUUCUGUGCUGCAGACUAUCGCAGGUUGUCCAUAGCUCUUCGAUCAAAAACACGGAAAAAAUAAAAGAAAUAGAAACCACAAAGCAGCUCGUAUUCGCCAAACCACACGAUGCGGUCCACACCCAUGAAAAUCCUUGGUAUGAACAUCAACCAAUUUUCAGAGAGAAAGACACCCAAUCUUGGAGUUAUUCAAACACAGAGGCUUGGCCGUUCUUAUUUCCUACCUGUGCUGGUGAUCGCCAGUCACCCGUUAACAUUGAAAUAGUCCUUUUGAAAGAUUAUUCAAAAUUUUAUUUUGGCAAUUAUGGUGGCAUUAACCGAAUGGUUGUAACAAACAAUGGCCACACAGUCUUGUUUAGUCUACCUCUCAGCUCUUCACCAGAAUCUGUACCUUACAUAACCGGUGGCGGAUUACCAGACCGCUACAAUUUUUUCCAGUUCCAUUUCCACUGGGGAAGUGAUUCUUCGCAGGGUAGCGAGCAUCGUAAUAGCUAUCCGGCCGAACUUCACCUGGUUCAUUACAAUACGAAAUAUGGUUCGUUUGCAAACGCGACCAACUACGAUGACGGGUUGGCCGUCUUAGGCAUUCUUAUUACGGUGGGAAAAUCUACCCGUUUAGCUUUUCGUACUGUUGUCGAUCAACUGAGCAAAGUUGAGAACGAUGGUGACGAAACGACGAUGGAAAAACCAAUUUCAUUAAACGAGUUAUUACCAUCUCGAAUUACCUCUUUUUUCCGGUAUUCAGGUUCCCUGACCACACCCAAUUGCGAGCAAUCAGUUGUUUGGACCGUCUUCGACAAUCCUAUUGUUGUGUUGGAAGAUCAGUUGUCAGUAUUUCGAAACUUAAAGGGCAAAGGAGGUUUGAUUUUGGUGAAUAAUUUCCGUCCCACACAGCCUUUGGAAAGACGCAUUAUCACGUAUCGAUCUCAUACAGGAUGUAAUGUGUAUAGGAAUUGGUCAUUAUUCCCUCCACGUAUCAAAGAUGUCUAUCAAUAUUGCAUUUGUAGGCUAUUGCAUCUUUUUAUGUGAUUUCUUUCCUCAACCUUUUCAUAGUAAAUUAGUAUGGCAAUCGCCAACCUGUUUCGCCACCAUAAAUAUUAAAAUACUCUUAGGUUUUUUUUCUUCUAUCGAUCUAUCGAUUAAUGUAAACUUUUAAACAAAACUUUUUACAGCUUGCGCAAUAUUCGACCUGAUCUGAGUGGUCAAUAGAUAAUUUUCACUUUAGCUCCCCCCGGCAGCUGAGGGUAAAUAUGACAUUUUAACGUUAGCGCCCUUCAGCUGCCGGGGGGAAAUCGGCUUGACCAUAUUUUAUUUCCCCUCAGAAUUUAGCGUAGCCGUAUUUUAUGUAGUAAAAGGCACACUGUCAUGUCAAACAACUAGCAAAAUACAAUGAAUACCAUCAAUUCCCCAGGAUGAAAGUUUUGAUUAAUUAGAAGCGCUUCAGGAUCUUAGAUUGAAAAAAGAAACGUCUGGCGCUCUGGCCUGAUGAUGUCUCAUAAGACCAUAGACAUCAGCUUUGUCGUCUCGUGAAAUCUCUUAAACUCGCUUUUUAAGAGGAGGAGGAGUUCACGUGAUGACUUGUUGAUGAUUCCUUAAAUAUACAUGCACACCUGUUGGAAAUAUUGGAUGCAUUUGUUUUUCAUCGAACAAAUUCAACAUUAUUUAUGUGCAGUUAGGUGUGUUGUUGUUGCUCUCCGUCUCCCUCGUUCGCUAUGCCUAAUGAAUCUGUGCUCGGAACUGGCACAGGUUGCGUUUUUUGCAUUUUCGUGAUCCUCGUCCAAUUUGGGAUCGACUCCAUGUAUCAGCUCAAAAUACCCGAAAAUCGCCAAAAAUCGCGAUUUUGGUCAACUUCGACUUUUGGCUAAAAACACGUCAUUUCAACCCCAAAUUUCGCAAGGAUCACGAAAAUCCUAUUGGUUUUGUUAUGGGGUCCCUAUUUCCGGAGAUAUUGGCUACUUCCGGUUACUUCCGGGGUGUUGCAGCUAUUUCUCUUUUCUCAAGCAGACGAACUGUUUGGCAGAUCAAUUUCUGAUAUUGACAUGAUCGCCCUCUAGCGGAAAAUCUGUCAGGAAAAUAAACCCGAUUUUUACAUUUUUUUCAAUUACGUGUAUAUUACUAUAAAACUACAUGAUUUGUAUUCGAAAUUCAACGAAAAUAAUGAAAAUUUAGUUCAAUUUGACUUGGAAGAAAAAGUAUGAGUUAUUUUUUUACAAGAAAGUCGGGCUUACUUCGCUUAUGGAAAGGUGGGACUGGGAGGGUUUCAACUUUCAAGUUUGGUUUCAAAGUGGGUGGCGCCUUGACCAUAUUUUCUAGACAUCUAGGAGAGAAAUAACUAACUCCAUGGAAUUUUUAUGGACAUGUCAGCUAUCCAGUCAGCUGUUUCAUUUCGCGUGGCUUCGGACUGAGGAUGGAUGCUUAAACGUACGUGUCUCCUCUUGAAAUUCAGGAUGGAUGCUUAAACAAUCGCCUCUCUUCUUGAAAUUCACCACAGAUUCCUUGUUUUUUUAGUUGCAUCUUUGAACUCAAUCAAUGCAGAGUUGUCACAGGUAUUAUGGCAAAAAUUCAUGUCAAAGAAACAUCGUAUCACAUUUAUCAAAGUUUUAAAGGAGGAGCAUGGCUUGGCUUUGCUAACACGUUUUCAUUCCGUUAGUCUAAUACACCCAUUUUGUACUAAAGGUGAUAAGUAAAGAAAUUAGCUCUAUAUAAUCUUUUUCCCUAUCUAGAUUUUGAAGAUUCUUGGAGGUGACAUGUGAUGUUAGAAUUUAUUGUUAACAGUUAAAGGUUUUUUGUAAUUGUAUUUUCAGGUCUUCGGGAUGUACCUGAAGUGCUGUGGUGGCCGCAGAAUCAUUCAGUGAUAAAGGAAUGCUAUUGUUGUUCUGUUAGUUAAAUACAAGAUUUCCAGUAUUAA